GCCAAGCGCACGCUGGCAGAAGGCUGUCGGGGCUCCCUCCGGCGUCCCGCGAACUUCGAAGCCGCCCAGCGCUGCCCCGGCCGCCGCGCUCCGCUCUGGGGCCUCGGAGCCCCGGCGUGGCCGCGGGUUGGCCAUGACCCGGGCGCUGGGCGCCGCGCUCUGCCAGGCGUUCCUGCUGCUCGCCGCCGCCGCCGCGCUCUCCGCAGGACUGAAGUGUGUUUGUCUUCUGUGUGAUUCUUCAAACUUUACCUGCCAAACAGAAGGAGCAUGUUGGGCCUCAGUCAUGCUCACCAAUGGGAAAGAACAGGUGAUAAAGUCCUGUGUCUCUCUCCCAGAGUUAAAUGCUCAAGUCUUCUGCCACAGUUCCAACAACGUUACCAAAACAGAAUGCUGCUUCACAGAUUUUUGCAACAACAUAACACUGCAUCUUCCAACAGCUUCGCCAAAUGCCCCCAGACUUGGACCCAUGGAGCUCACUGUUGUUAUUAGUGUCCCAGUUUGUCUCCUGUCCAUACUGACAGUGCUGACAAUAUGGGUAUGCCAAAGACGGCAGUGCACAUACAGAAGGAAGAAGAGACAGAAUGUGGAGGAACCCCUCUCUGAGUGCAAUCUGGUAAACGCUGGAAAAACUCUCAAAGAUCUGAUUUACGAUGUGACUGCCUCUGGGUCUGGCUCCGGUCUACCUCUGUUGGUCCAGAGAACAAUUGCAAGGACAAUUGUCCUUCAGGAAAUAGUGGGAAAAGGUAGAUUUGGUGAGGUCUGGCAUGGUAGAUGGUGUGGAGAAGAUGUGGCUGUGAAAAUAUUCUCCUCCAGAGAUGAAAGAUCUUGGUUUCGAGAAGCAGAAAUUUAUCAGACUGUUAUGCUGAGACAUGAAAACAUUCUUGGUUUCAUCGCUGCUGACAACAAAGAUAAUGGAACUUGGACUCAGCUUUGGCUUGUCUCUGAAUACCAUGAACAGGGCUCCUUAUAUGACUAUUUGAAUAGAAACAUAGUAACAGUGGCUGGGAUGAUCAAGCUGGCACUUUCCAUAGCUAGUGGUCUGGCCCACCUUCACAUGGAAAUUGUUGGUACACAAGGUAAACCUGCUAUUGCUCAUCGAGAUAUAAAAUCCAAAAAUAUCCUAGUGAAAAAGUGUGAAACUUGUGCCAUAGCAGAUUUAGGGUUGGCUGUGAAACAUGACUCAAUACUGAAUACGAUUGACAUACCUCAGAAUCCUAAAGUAGGAACUAAAAGGUAUAUGGCUCCUGAAAUGCUUGAUGACACGAUGAAUGUGAAUAUCUUUGAGUCCUUCAAACGUGCUGACAUCUAUUCUGUUGGUCUGGUUUACUGGGAAAUAGCCCGGAGGUGUUCAGUUGGAGGAAUAGUCGAGGACUACCAGUUGCCUUAUUAUGACAUGGUGCCUUCAGAUCCCUCAAUAGAGGAAAUGAGGAAGGUUGUUUGUGACCAGAAGUUUCGGCCAAGUAUCCCAAACCAGUGGCAAAGCUGUGAGGCGCUCCGAGUCAUGGGGAGAAUAAUGCGUGAGUGUUGGUAUGCCAAUGGGGCAGCUCGCCUGACUGCCCUUCGUAUUAAGAAGACCAUCUCUCAACUUUGUGUAAAAGAGGACUGCAAAGUUUAAUGAUAACAGUUGUAUUCAAAAGCAGUUGUUUGCAGUUGUCUUUCCAUUUGGCAUCUUUAUGUGAAUGUUUUGCUAUUGUUUUUUUGUUUUGUUUUGUUUUUGUUUCUUUUUUUUGCUCUACCUCAGAGAUACUGCAUUACAGUGUUCUAGUGUCCAAAUGUGGCAUGGCCAAAAACUCUAAAGUCAAGCACGGUCAGGCAUUGAUGUCCUUCAAUUUUCAUGAUGUCUUUCAUUUCACUUUGACAAACCACACAUCAGCUCACACCUUUAUCUAAUAUGAAAGAUAUUAUGGAGGUACAAAAUAAGCUAUGUAAAAUAGUUAAAGUAAUUAAGGUUUUAUUUCACUUGAACCAAAAGCACAUGAACGAAUAGACGAAAAUGUUUUGACUUUUUUCUGAGAUGAAAAUAUUCAUCAAAAAUAUGAAUCAGUAUAUUCUAUGUAAACAAAACUUUAGCUGAUGCAUUCUAUGCUUUUUCUCUAUUAUUUAAAUUAAGUAGGAUUUAAAAGUCUAAAUACUGUCCUGAACAUAUGAAAUAUGUAAAAGUGGACCUGCUUUGCAGAAAGAUGGAAACAAGGUCAACAUUUUACUUCCUCAUUUUCUUCUCCCCUCUUUCUUUCCUGUUUAUAAUCUACCAGCAGCCCCUUGGAGGGGGAUAGUUUGAAAGCUGUAUUCAAUAUUAUUCCCUUUCACUAACAAAUUAAACCUCUGACAUCUUGAAAUGUUCCAAAGUCACAUAGCUAGUGACAGAGCUGGGACACUGCCAAAAUCUUUUUUAUAUAGAAAUUUCAGUCAUCCUAUUAGUUAGAUGAAUAUUAAGGUUUUCUGAACACUUCUAGAGAUAAGUUAGGUGUAAGGGUCUUCUGUUAGAUUUCUAGAUGCAUUCCUGAAAUUCCUCCUGCUUUUGUACACAUACAUUUAAAAGAGAAUAGAAAAGAGAAAGGAAACAAAUAUUUUCUGAAAAAAUUAAAGAAACUUAAUAAAUAAAGCAAACCCUACAGAGGGUAUCAGUCAUAAUAAACAUAUAUUCCUGACCCUUUCAAAAUGAAAGGGUGGGUGCAGAUGAUAAUUUGGUGACUCAUGGUAGUUUAUAAUCUCCUUCUUGUAUGGAAGUGAUGGACUAUGAGUAUGCAAAGAACAUUAUAUAUUUCCUUUAAAUCUAUAAUUGUACUUUGGUGAAGGAGAGCUAAUAUGGCUUCUUAUAUUGUUUUAAAGCAUUGUUCACCCAAUCUUUCACACUGAGCACUUUUUAAGCUUAGAUGAUCUAAGUUUGAUCUUGGAAUCAAACAUUAUUUUUGGUAGGUAGGUUCUUAGAUAAUGACAUCACAAUUAGUUUAUCAAGUACUUUGAGGAGUUAAGAAAUAUUACUUGAAUUUCAUUAUACUGGAUUUCCCAAAUUAUUAGACCGUGAAACCCUUUUUAUUAAGAGAAGGGAAAGCCUUUACUAGCCUGAAUUUUGGUGUUUUAUAAAGCACAACUUGGGGAACAGUGUUGUGAAGGAUAUUUCUAUGUAUUUUCACAUAGAGCACAAUCUAAUAAUUAUAAUUUGUUUCACUAUGGAAGUAUGUUACUGAACCCCUCUUCUUUGGAUGGGGUUGAGACAUCAGAUACCACUGUGGUUUGUACAUAUUUCACUCUCAUUUAAGAGAUUAUUCAUUCAUUUCGUAAUGAUGGUGUGCGCCAUAUAUUCCUUGCCCUGGUCUUGGGUGAGUUAGGGAAAUUAAAACAGAAUAGUUCCUCCCCUCAGGAAUCUAAAAGUAUAAUGUGAGGAUGGUGACAUGUGUGUGGGUGGUUGGGAAAGAAAGUAAAUCAAAAGACACAACGUAGAAUGUAUUGAUUUCUUUAUGAUAGGUCUUAAAAAUUACUUUCAGUGUGCAACAGAUUAAAAAUUAUUUGUAUUUGGUUAUUCCAAAAUAUCUAAUUAUAUAAUCAGUUUUUGAGAGUUUAUCUGUGAAGGAAUUUCAAAAAGUUUACGAGAGUGAAGUACUCCUGGUAGUGCUUAUUUCCUUGAUUUCUUCUAGAUUGUAUUUGCAUGUAUGAAUAUGAAAUUAUUUAUUUACUAUAGUUUUAAAAAACAAGAAUAAUAAUUCCCUUUUAUUCACAUGUACAGGGUAAAAAUUAUUGUUUAAUUUUUAAGAGAAAGUUUUCCCAUUUUUAUUAUUUAUCAUUAUGUUUUAUAAUUUAUUUGAGGAUGUCCAAAUGUAAUUUUAUAUUUAUACUCCACUUUCAUCCUACAGAAAUACGUAAAUUCAUAUAUAUUAAAAUAUUUUUCCUGUUUUCUUUUUGAGGGGGUGUAUGUAUGUGUUGGUUAACUAUAAUUUCUAACUAAAUUGUCUUAUAUUUUAAUUAACAAGUAUAUUUUUUAAGAAAUGGAGAAGAUGGAAAAAAUGACAAAAGCUAAAAGUUCUAAUUUUUUUCUUAAUUCUCAAAAUGAUUAUAAAAUAGAAAAUACUGACAAAACUUAGAUAAAGUUUAGAGCACAAGAUAAAUUUUCUGUAUAUACCUAUGCUGUUAAACUUGUUUCUUUGAUGGAGUCUGAUUUUGUAAUAUUUAUUUCUUUUGAGUGUCUUUAUAACCAAAAAAUACUCUUCCUAGACUCUAACUACCAGUGUUCUCUGCUUUUUUUCAAAUAUUUUGGGUACAAUGUAAAGCUUGGUAAAAUGCUAUUUAUGGCAACAACGUCAAUAAUUCAGCAUGAAUUUAUUGCCUUAUAAGCUAUGCAUUUAAGCGUGUAAUUGGUACAGAUUCUGUUGUGUGUUCCAUUCUGUGUCUAAAAUAUUUGGCAUGUCACAUCUAGAAUUCUUAAUUUAUGUUCUGAAAGUUAAGUGAAACAUGACUGUGUCGUGCACUAUUUUAGGCAUAGUACUUGCUUUUCAUCUUGAUACUUUCAAUUAACUUUGCAUUUUAAAUUUCCAAGAUUGUAUGAAAAUAGUAACCUGAGUACAGUGUCUGAAGAACUCAAGAUCAGUUUUUAUUUUAAAAUGAAAAUAUAGAGAGAUUUAUUAGGCUACAAGUUUCAUCAUAAUUAUUAUUUUUGAGUAUUUCUAUAGUUGAAGUAUUAAAGAAAACAACUAUUUCUACUGUACUAGAAUUUCGCCACCAUGUGACUUCUUGGAGCAGAGACAACUCAGGAAUAUCGGAAGAAUUUAUGCAAAAGCAUCA